AUGUACUAUAACAUUGUUUAUUGUUCUGAUGAUCCUAAACCACCUGUUAGUUUAACUGUUAAUGUUAAUGAUGUUUUAAAAUAUGUUGGUGGUGCUAGUGUUAUUUUAGCAGCUGGUAAAGCUUCUACAUCAGUUUUAAAAACUUUACCGCCACAUCAAAGAUUGCUAGGUCUUGGUGUUCUUACAGGAGUAUCUAGUGGGUCAUAUAUUGUUAGUGAAGAUUUAUCACUAAAUUCUACUCUUAAAGACCUUCCACAAAUGUCAAAUGUUUCAGCUGAAUCUAAUAUUGUUUUUAAUGAUCAAAAUUUAAAAGUAGGAGUUAAUCAAGAUCAAAUAGUUUUAAAUAAUGCUGCUAAUAAUAGUGAUAUUGUCAUUAGCUCAAUAUCUGAAAAUACUGGAUUUUUACCUGUAUUUAGUGAUAAUCCUUUUAUGGAAUUACAAUAUUGCGUAUAUAUGUUUUUAUGGUUUUCUUUAGUAGCUUCCAUUUGUACUAUGGAUUUUUAUACAAAAUUAAAUGGAAAAAUUCCUAUUAAUCAGUUUGACCCUAACAAUUUUGGAAGUAAUGGUUUUUAUAGAAUAAAAAAUAUUUUAUAUUCAACAUCUUUGGAUUUACAUGUUAAACAAAAUCUGUUAGAAACAUGUUUUAAAGAGCUCUGGGAAUAUGAAUUAAAACAAUAUUUCCAAAAUGCUAAAUCUUUAGAUAAUAAAGUUCUUCCAUUUAUAGUAUUUAAAAAUGAAGAUUUUGAUAAACAUGUUACUACUCUCUUUGAGUCUAUUGGAAUACUUCUUUAUAAAGAAGUUAUUAAAAAUAAUUAUAUAAAUUAUGUAAAUUCUCUAUCUGAUAAAGAAAAUAAUUAUAACUAUUCAAAUGAAGAUGCUAUUAGAUUAGGGGCUUUUGUUGUAAUGUUUAUUGGAGAUAAAACUGAUUUAUAUUUUAUUGAUAAUAUUAAAUCUGAUUCUAAUGUUACUAAAAGAAUUAUCUCUCCUGGAAAACUAUUUGAAGAUUUAAUGCAUAAGUUUGUUUUGUUUGACAGUUAUGAAGCCCCUAUGAUUGUAAAACCUGUUGAAUGGGUUAUUAAAAGCAUUGUUAAGUCUUCAGAAGAUAGUAAAAAUAAAACAAUUAAAUAUGGUGGUUAUUUACAAAAUGAUAAAAACGAUUUUGAAGAAUUAAUUCGUAAAUCAAAACAAAGUAUAGAUAUUAAAGAAUUUUAUUUCCCUUUAAAAUUAGAUUGGCGUGGUAGAAUCUAUAUUAAAGGAGGAGUUUUAAAUAUCCAAGGAGGUGAAUUAAGCCGAUCUUUAUUAACAUUCAGUAAAUCUGUAAAAUUAGACGAUCUUGGAUUAGAAGCAUUAAAAAUUUAUUGUGCUAAUUCUUUUGGUAAAGAUAAAAUGUCUAAAUUACAUAGAUUAGAAUGGGUUGAUGAAAAUAUUAAUAAAAUUAUUGACGUUAACUCUAUGUUUUGGGUUAAUGCAGAUGAUAAAUUAAUAGGCAUAGUAUAA